GCUCAUCACAGUAUGUAUUAACAAGUUAAUGAAAGGGUGGCGAGUGCUAUUUUAUGAUGCAACACCACUGUCCAGGAGGGGGAUUUAGGAAGGAUUACAGACCCUCCUUAGAGGGGUUGCAAAACACCAUCCAGAGGGCUGCAACUGUUCAUACAUUUCCCCACCAUCACCACAACCAUUGCAUUCCCUUUCCCAGCCUGCCAGGAGUUUAUAUAACCUCUCUCCAGGUGUCUCCAUGCAAAAUGUCCCUGCACUCCAUCCCAAAUGACAAGAUUCCUGUCUGGUCUACACUGCAGCACAAAAUACGGAAUGAAUUCUUCACAUCUGAAUCAUAUUUUUCCAUUCUUUCCUUUCUACACAUUUGCAACAUGAAUAAUAGCUUAUCUCAAAGAGUAUUAAUCCAGCCACAUGGUCAUCAUGCUAAUUUAAAAGGACCAUCUUUAAGUGAUGGCAACUGGCAUCCAAGUCUGCAUGAUUCUCAGGAGUCUGAUUCUGAAAGCCUUUCUCAAGAGAUACAAUAUCAGUUAGAACUUCAAAAACGGAUUUAUGAAAAUGAAGUACUGGUAGGCCAGUCUUCUGAUGAGCUGGAGAAUGACAGUUUAGACGAAGAUAGUCUGGAGGAGAAAAGUCUGAAUGAAUCAGAAGGAGCAAAUUAUGACAAAGUACAGUUUUCAAAUGGAAAAGAUUAUGGAAAACAUAAUGAAAGCAAACAGCAACCUACAGACAGAUACUGUAACCUAAGAUACAAUCCCAACUGGAAGAGCAAUAACGAGGGAACAACAUUUUCUGAAGUGAAUAGAAGACACCACGUUGCUGAGAAAAUCCCACAGGGCUCCUCUCAGGACUCAUCUUACCUCUCUUCCAAGGACGUCUUGGAGGAAAAUAAUCAGCUAGUAGAAAGACAAAAUGUAUCUUCUGCAUUUGAUACAGAAUUGUUCAGUCUUGAUGGUCACCCUGUUGGGAUAAGCAGUGUACCUUUUAGAUUGCAUACAAAAGGAGAGCUAUCAGCAGAUGAUUGUCAAUACAAAGACAAUUCCAGUACACACAGUGAUGUUUUUUCUCCUCGAUCUAUAGAAGUUCAGCAACAGAGAGCAAAAAAAGACUUUGUGGAAAAAAAUAAACUUACUUUGGGAUUAGCCACACAGAAACAGGAUUCUUAUCUGCAUCUGCACAGUAGAAAGCGAGAGGAGGUUCAUCAAGGACAGGUUUCAGAUGUUAAAACUGCUGAUGAGAGGCUCAUUCAGAAUGCCAUUGACUUUCAAAGCAUGGCCAUGGAUCCUGAAGACAAAUGGCUCCAGAGGUCACACCACUUAAAGGAUCACCAAAAUAAACGGCCCCAGGCAGACAGAAAAAAAUUAAAUCGAGUGCUAAGAGAGAGAUCUUUACCAGCAAAUGAUGUCCAGCAUCCACCAGGAAGACUAGCAGAACCAAGACCUCAAUAUCACACACAUCGCAAUGUACCAGAAUUUGAGAACUUUCAUAUGGAUUCAAACUCUUUUGAGGUGCUAGAACUUGAAAAAGAUGACAGUAGUUCACUGCAUAGUUGGUUACAAACAAAUCCCUUCGUUGAUCCAAUUACUCCUUUCAUUAAGACUAGUUCAGCAGCAGAUUGGGAGACACACUCAAAUACUUUACAAAAUAAUUCAGAUCUGGUAAACCGGAAUCAGAAGCAAAUCUCCAUGAACUUGGCUUCAUCUAGGCACCAUCUUGAACUAAAAACGCAUAAAAACGCUACUGGGUUGAAUUUAUCUCCAGCAUAUAUUAAUGAAGAAAACAAGAAAUAUCAGCACAACUCCAGAAACAGACCUCCAUAUAAUCAGCAACAUUUACAGAAUAGUUAUGUUUUGGAGCCUCUUCCACCUGAUGGGCACGCCAAGGGUCACAUGCUCCUACACCAGAAAAGCAUCGCAUCUACUUACAAUGCUAAUUUCCAAGAAUCAGUAAAAGACCAAGUUUCAACACAGAAUCAUAGAAAGCAAUUUUAUAUAGACAAGAGCCGUCACAACAACUGUGCUACCAACAGCUUGUGGCCAUCCCAGUCAUCUGGUCAGAAGCCACUAGCAAGCCCUUCUCCAACCACACAACUUAUACAGACAAUGGAACAACAUCAUCAAAAAAUCUCUCAUCUGGAAGACACUCAACUUGCCGAAAGGCAGUUCUCUGGCUUGUUUCCACCUGUAAUCCCAAGGGUAGAAAGUGACUCCGAGAUUAACACAGAAAGAAGUGAAGGAAGCCAAGUGAAAAUUAGUCGCAGCAACUCAGAAGGGUACCUGCUGCAAAUGGAAAAGCAAAAACAGCUGAAAGAAAAAGGGACUAGGAAGCCUUCUAGGCCAAGAAACUACAUGAACCUGAAUGUGAAGCUCGGAGGCCUUGGACCUGACUAUGAAGCAGUCAGAGAGAAAACAGAAAAGUUAAAUAAGCAAAAGGAAUAUGCACAGCAAGUUAAGGAGUACAACAUGAAGAACGUUGCUACUGCGCAGAAACCACCAGCAAAACCUCCGAUCAAGUCAUCAUUAUCAAGACAUAAGGCUCUGGAAUAUGCUAAGAAGAUUCCUAAACCAAAACCUUUCUCAGCAAAACAAUCGGAUGAAGAACCAAAAGAGGAAAGAACUCCAGCGCAUACUUUAAAAGGACAGAAUUUACCUCAAAUUUCCUCACUGAAAACUCUGCAAAACAGGCAUGAAAUAGAGAAGCAAGUUGUGGAUGCUUUCAAAACCCUUCACAUUUUAUAAGAAGUUUGAAAUUAUUAGGGAGCUGUAGAGGGUAGACAGUAUCUGAACUGUUUACGUGGUGCAUUAAAUUAUGUAUGUUUCCCAGAUACAGAAUUUCAAGACUCCGCUACUUAAAUAAGAGCCACUACCAUUAAAAAAAAAAUCGAUUUCAAAAGGUGAAAUAUUUUCAGAUCAAUUGCCCUUAUUUUAGUCCAAUUUUAUUAUAGCCAAAUUAUUAUUUUUUAAACAUAAUCUUUAUUUUAGAAUUGUGCUUCUUUUUAUUCUAUUGUUUCCUUCCUUGUAAUAUCCUGAUUAAGCUGCUGCCUCUUUCUGAGCAGUUAUCCAGAAAGAGUAUCGAGUGGAUUUAGGUGCCUGCAAGGUUCAGCAGGAGUUUUGUGAAUUGCAGCAGAACCUAAACCUGGGACUUUGAUGCCUAAACGCAUUUGUAAAUCUAGAUCUGUGUGUCCUAUUAGUCUUUCCCAAAAUGCUCGUUCCUUUUAUGCUGUGAAAUCAACCUACAGCCACUUACUAAAACAUUUUUUAUAUUUUACAUAAUGAACUUUUAAAAGUAUUUCCAUCAAACCUAAAAACAAUCUGAGUGACUCUGUGGAUGUGUCUAUCAUUAUUUCUCUUAAUAUAACUUGAACUGAAAUGAAAACAGGACCAUUUCCAUGAUGCUCACUGAGCCAUUGACCAAAGAGACAUGAAUUAAUGAUAAAAUAUUUUAGCUCUGGCCCACGUUUCCAUGACCGGGGGUAGACAGGUGUCAGAGAUGUUAGCAGCAGUAUAUGAUUAAAGAGCACCUUAUGUGUAUAUGAUGCUUUCCAAACACAUAAGCCCUAGACCCUGCUCCAAAGCAGCUUACUGCUGGUUUUAGACAGACAAGUACAAUACAAUGGUAAAAUAAGAGAGACCAAAGAUGGCAGAGGAAGAUCUGCAGAGGAGGCUUCACUUACAAAGAAGGUAGACAGGUUUCAGAGUGGUAGCCGUGUUAGUCUGUAUCAGCAAAAACAACGAGGAGUCCUUGUGGCACCUUAGAGACUAACACA